GAUCCCAGAGCGGGAAUGUGCGAGUCCGAGCGGCUGCGGGAACGCCCCGGGGCGGCGCGCGCGGGGACUCCUGGGACUUGUAGUCCGCGCGUAGGUCUCGGUCCCCGCCUGCAGCGGGAACCCGGGAAGGUGGCGGGGGCCGGCGGAGCGCGGGGCGCGGGGCGCGGGGCCGGCCCUGAGCGGGCCCGACGAGCCGUGCCUUUGCUGCUGUUGCAGCUGCUGGCGCUGACGUGCCGGGGCGCUGCGGUCUACCUCGAGGUCGGCGAGCUGGAGGAGAAAUGCUUCAUCCAGGAGAUUCCCGAGGGCACCGUGGUCAUAGGAAACUACAAAACCGAGCUCUACGACCCGGUGGUGAGGAAAUUCCAGCCCUCGCCACAGUGGAUUAAUUUGUUCGCGUUCGUGAAGGACCCGGAGAACAGGAACCUUCUGUCCCGGCAGUAUGGCCCUCAGGGUCGCUUCUUGUUCACCUCCAAGUCCCCAGGAGAGCACCAGAUCUGCCUUCACCUCAGGUCCAUCCGGUUCCCUCCGGUCUUUGAUGGCAAGCUGACCAUCCACCUGGACAUGCAGUUGGGGGAGCGCAUCAGCGAUGACGCGGCGUUCCAGGAUAAGGACACGCUGAGCCAGUUGCAUCUGCGCCUGCGGCAGCUGGUGGAGCAGAUGGAGCAGAUCCGCAAGGAGCAGGAGUACCAGAGGUGGCGAGAGGAGCGCUUCCGGCAGACCAGCGAGAGUACCAACCAGCGAGUGCUGGGGUGGUCCGUGCUGCAGACCCUCAUCCUCGUGGCCAUCGGCGUCUGGCAGAUGCAGCAUCUCAAGGGGUUUUUUAAAGCCAAGAAGCUGGUCUAGGAGGCCGGAGCCGUAGGACAACGGGGAGCGCGCUUGCCUUGCACGCAGCCGACCCGGGUUUGAUUCCCGACAUCCCAUAGGAUCCCCUGAGCGAGCAAAGCCAGGUCCUGCGUGCAGAACCUGGAGUACUGAGCUUUGUCGGCUGUGACCCCACCUCUCCCCUCCCCCCACAACACGCACCAAAAAAAAAAAAAGAAGCUGGUAUAGACAGAUGAAGGAUGAAGCCCAGAAACUAGAAACCUUGCCUCCCCCCCCCCCCCCGCCCCCCGCCAGUCCCACCCUUUCUGCUGAGGAGUAAAGAGAGGAAACGGCCUGGCCUGGGUUCAUCUCGAGGCUUCCCCACCCCAUAGGGACUCAGAGGGCUUCUUGGAGCUGGUUUUUCAACCCACCCAGGGAAACGAUGCAUUUCCAGCUGGUGACAUUUGGGUAGGGGCGGUCUGUGAAGAGUAGCAGGUUAGAGAGAGGCGGGGAGGGGUCCCCUCAAUGCCCUAGUGAAAUGGAAUGGAAGAAUCACCCCAAGGUGGGGGACAUAAGCUUGAAUAUUGAUCAUAACCGAAAA